UCCGCCUCCUCCUCAGCGUGACUCUUUCCUUCCCAGCACCACAGACAGACUCUUCCGUUUCUCUUCUCUCCUCGUAUAUUCUUCUACUCCAUGGCAGCCGCUCGCUCGCCGGAGACCUCCGUCGGACUUAGAUCCCACCGCGGGUCAGCUGUUCAUGCGGCGGUAGCUUGCGCUAUGCAGCGGCCUUCGGACGCGGCUAUGCCAGAUGCGUGCGCCAGCCCGGCCGUCUUCGCCGGACGGGGCACGCCGGCGGUCAGCUGCUCCUGUUGCAGUGGCCCCAGCGGAAAGCGUGGAUCAGCUCGCAGCGGAUCCGGUGUGCCGCCCGCCCGUCGACCCGUUUCUGGCGGGUGCUACCCGACCCGGCAGCCGCUAGAAGACCCGUGCCCGUAGGCGAUCGAGUGGCGCGUUGGACCGGGCGCAUCCGAUUGCCGGCGGGUGCGACCGACUCGCGCCGGGCAGCCGGUCGAGCCAGUCCGCCUCGGCGGGUGCGACCGACCGCGCCGCCAUCCUGCCGUGGGGUGGGACGGCACGCAGCAUCCCCACCGUCCGUUCCUUGAUCGGACGGCGCACCAGAUAGGGUUUCCGCCCUAUAUUCUAUAUAAAAGCGGGCACUCGUCUCCUCCGCUCUCUCCCCCCAUUUCCGCCGCCGCCGCGCCUCACCAUUCCCGUCUCCCACUCCCAAGCCGGCCCCCAUGGGGAACCAGGUCGCCACCGGCAAGAUGGACGCCGAUCUCAUCGGCGCCGGGGUCGGGACCGGCAAGAUGGAGGCGGCUCCGGUCGGCGCCGGGAAGAUGGAGGCAGAUCCGAUCGGCGCCGGGGUCUCUGUGGCCGAGGAGGAGCCGCUGGAGAUCACCUCCGACCAGCUCAAGGCGCUCGAGGAGGCGGCGCUCGACCUGGCGACCAUCAAGCUGCAAGAAGCCUCCGACCUCUUCACUGCCGCGGGUCGCUUCGCUGCGGCGCGCCAGAUCUCCCAUCUGCCGGAGCCAGAGCCACUCUUUCCCAAGAUCGUCGAUUUGCUCAUGGCGGAUACCAGAAAGCGGGAACUUAAGCGGGUUCGCCCUCUCAGAAUUGCUCAGGGUCUCUACAGGGGCACUCCCGCUCAGCGUCGAGCUCUUCAGCAGGCAACCAGGAAGCUUUUGCAGCUGGAGACGAGGAACGUGGAUACUAUGGCAAUGCAAGUUUACAAGCAGCUCACGAAGACUGCUAUCCUGGGUGACAAGGUCCUGUCCCCACGUGACGUUGCCAGGGUCCUGAAGGCCGAGGCCGACGUCCACGGCCUGCAUCCGGAUGACUUGAAGGCCUGGAAGAUGAUUAAGGCAUGCAUGGCAAACAUCAACAGCGUCGGUGGCGUGGUCAGUACAGCGGGUUAUGCUGGUGGAGCCAUAUGGACCCUACGUCAGUGGAACACGAGCUAUCCCAUGACUGAGCUGCCUGAAGACUUCUUCUGGUAGAAGACUUGCCUCCGGUAGACUUUAGUUUGAUCCUUUUGCUAGAGCAGUCCCAGAGCCCUUCUUAGCUUGCCAGACCCCUCCAUCAUGCCAGAGUUAGCUACUUUUUGCCAGACCUUGAUUUGGGAGCCCUCAUUUUGCUAGACUUAUCUCUUCAUAGUUUGUCCAGACCCCUCCAUCAUGCCAGACUUUGCCUCGUUUUUGCUGCUAAGUAUUGUUUCAGAUAUGUAAGACAUCCUGCGGUUUUGCAUUCGUGAAACAUGGAGGUUUUAAGGAUGGUGUACUAGCUUUUCUGGUCUGUGUUUUUGAUUCAAAGCUGGUUUGUUGUUUGCCCA